AUGGGGUUUCCCUUCGUUGGAGAGGCAUUUGGCUUUUUUACCCCUCAUAAAUCGUUCUCCAUUGGUAACUUCUUGCAACAACGUUGGUCUAGAUAUGGAAAAGUGUUUAAAUCGUAUAUAUUUGGGUCUCCAACUAUAAUUUCGUGUGACUUAGAGCUCAACAAAUUUAUCCUUCAAAAAGAAGGAAAAUUGUUCCAAAGCAGCUACCCUAAACCAAUUAGAGACAUUCUUGGUAAUCACUCUUUGAUGAUUGUCACUGAUGUUGAACGUCACAAAAAGUUGCGACGUAUUGAAGUUGGCCUCAUCAACAAAUUCAGUUCCACAUCCAAUUUUCUCUGUGAAAUUGAUAAAUUAUGUGUCUCGUUAAUGGAAUCGUGGAGAGGAAAUCAACUUAUUCUCUUCUCAAAACAAGCUAAACAGUUUAGCUUUAAUUUGAUGUUGAUGAAUUUGUUGGACAUGCAACCGGGAGAGCCACUUGGUUUGCAGUUAUUACAAGAUUUCCUCACAUUUAUGGAAGGAUUUGUCUCUAUUCCAAUUAACCUUCCCUGGACACCCUAUGCCAAGGCGGUCAAGGCUCGUAGGAGGAUUUCAUCGACGUUGAAACAAAUACUAAAUGAAAGGAAAAAUAGAAAAGACGUGCAAGGAAAAGGAGACCCUUUUGAUGAUAUUUUAAUGAAAGAGGACUUAAUUAGUGAUGUGGAGAAAGUAAGCAUUUUACUGGACCUUUUAUUGGCAGGUUAUGAAACAACCUCAGGACUUUUAUCCCUACUCGUCUAUUUUCUUGCCCAAUCACCACAAGCUCUUCAAACUUUGAAGGAUGAACAUCUCGCAAUAAGGAGAAAGAAAAAGGAAGGGGAACCCCUAAAUUGGGAAGAUUAUAAGCAAAUGGAAUUCACCACUAUGGUAAUAAAUGAAACUCUACGUUGUGGCAACUUGGUGAAGUUUGUUCAUAGAGAAGCUAUCAAGGAUGUAAAAUUCAAAGGAUAUCAUAUUCCAGCAGGCUGGAAAGUGCUUCCUAUUUUGUCUGCAGUACAUCUUGAACCGUCGCUGCAUGAAAAUCCAUCGGAGUUUAAUCCUUGGAGAUGGACGGAUCCAGCUACAAGCAAAAAUGUGGUCCCAUUCGGAGGUGGAUCCCGAUUGUGUCCUGGAUCCGAGCUUGGUAAAUUAGAAGCAUCUUUCUUCCUACACUAUCUUCUCCUCAAUUACAGGUGGACAAUGAAAGAAGAAGAAUAUCCAAUGUUAUACCCAUAUAUGGACUUCCCAAAAGGAUUGCUAAUAGCUUUGGAGACGGAAACAAAAAAUGUUAUUUAAGUAUAUUGUUUGUUU